UCCUCGUUACGGUUCCAAAGAACCCUAAAAACAACAGAGAGCAAGCGAGCUAGCACAGGCGGAGGAGAGGAGAGGAGACGAGAUGGAGUCGCUGUCGUCGUCGACACUAACCUCUGGGACGUCCUUGGCGGCGUCGGCAUGGGACGGGGGGAGGCUGUUUGUCGGUGGCAUCUCGUCGGACACGAGGGAGGAGACGCUGGCGGAGCACUUCGAGAGGUACGGCGAGGUGAAGGAGGUGGUGGUGUUGAGGAACCGGGUCACCGGGAGCGGGAGAGGCUUCGGCUUCGUGCAGUUCGCGAAUUUGGAGGGCCCCGAGCGCGCGCUCAAGGAAGCGAAGCAUGUCAUUCAUGGAAGAACAGUUGAAGUGAAAAGAGCCAUACCGAGAGGUGAGCAACGCCAAAACCAACAAUCCCGGAAUGCACAUCAGGACGGAGGAUCCAGUGGUUCAAGUAGGAUCACUGGUAAUAGUGACAACCAAAAUGGCAGCCACAUAAAUUCGAAAAAGAUUUUCAUAGGAGGUUUAGCAGGCGAUGUCACACACCAGGAGCUUAAGAGUUAUUUUGAGAAGUUUGGUUCUGUCGUUGAUACAGUUGUCAUGUAUGAUAGUGCCACUCAACGUCCGAGAGGUUUUGGCUUCAUCACAUUUUCUUCAGAGGAGCCUGUGGCGACGGUACUAAAGAAUAGACACCAUAAGUUGAAUGGGAAACUUGUAGAGGUUAAGAUUGCAGUCCCCAAGGAUUACAGUGAUUGUACAAAUAAUAGAAAUAGUGAGAAUUAUUACAAUGUAAGUGCUUUUGGUGGACAAUGUGGAAGAUGGCCUGUUUAUGGCACCUAUCAAGGUUAUAUGCAUCCAUAUUAUGGAUAUCCUAAUUAUGUAACAACACCUUUUUCUCCUUAUCUUUAUGGUGGACUAUAUGGAGGAGGAUAUAAUAACGGUGGUUUGUAUGGGAUUGGACAUGGGUGCCUUCUUCAUAGUCCUAGGAACACAUGGAAUAUUUCAAAAAGAAUGGUAGAUUUCCAUACAUAUCCUCCCUAUUUCAGUAGAGACUACAGAAGUUAUGAUCAAGGUCAUGGAUUUGAUGAUGGUAAUGAGAACAAAGACGGUCUUGGUGUGCAAAUGACAGUUAAGAGUGUGACAGAUUCACAGGUAGAAGCGGAAGAUGUGAAUUGUGAUGCACAAUGAAUUUUGAUUGAUAUACAUCAAGUCUGAAUUUGUAGACUCCAUGCUGGUAAGGAUUCUCUUUGCUCCCAUUUAAUUCUGUCUAUAGCCAUCAUUUUCAUUUCAUUUUUGUAUUAAUCAAUUAUGUCGGUCAUUGUUGGUCAGGCGACUUUGGGUCAACACUGGAUUCCCGGCAGCAGCUUCAUGCCGCUUCUCUAUCUGAAGCAUUAGGAUCUAUGAGACUGCUCUGAAAGAUAACCAAGUUUCACUUGACAAGUCAGCGUCAUGCUCCAUCAUGACAAAAGGGGUCAAGAAAAACUUUUUAAGGGACAAUCGGAACUUGGAUAGGAUGCUACCAUAUUGCUGGACAUUGGAUUCACAAGACUCCUCACCUGCAGCUGCGAAUCAUCUUGAAGCCUUGGUGCUGGACAUCUGAUGCAACAAGUCUUCUCACCUGCAGCUGCCAAUCAUCUUGGAGCCGGUUCUCAAUUGUAAUCAUAGCCAUUGAAAUGAACAAAAUCUCUACAGAUUUUUUUUGCUAUACCUGAUGUCGCUGAAAAAAAUUGCUCAGACAUUGGACAUGUACAAUCACAUAUUUGAUCUUUUUAAUUCUUAAAUUGCUGUCUCAAUUAUUA